AGUUUAACCACUGCGCAUGCGCGCUGGGGGACCUGUCUGUUCCUCUGUCGGCGCUAUCAAUAAAGUUUUAGUGAGGAGAGACUCUCCUUUUCCUUGACAAGAUGGCGGAGUACGACUUGACUACCCGCAUCGCGCACUUUUUGGAUCGGCAUUUGGUCUUUCCGUUGCUUGAGUUUCUCUCCGUAAAGGAGAUAUAUAAUGAAAAAGAAUUACUACAAGGAAAAUUGGACCUUCUUAGUGAUACCAACAUGGUAGACUUUGCUAUGGAUGUGUACAAGAACCUUUAUUCUGAUGAUAUUCCUCAUGCUUUGAGAGAAAAAAGAACCACAGUUGUUGCACAACUGAAACAGCUUCAGGCAGAAACAGAACCAAUUGUGAAGAUGUUUGAAGAUCCAGAAACUACACGGCAAAUGCAGUCAACCAGGGAUGGCCGGAUGCUAUUUGACUACCUGGCGGACAAGCAUGGUUUUAGGCAAGAAUAUUUAGAUACACUCUACAGAUAUGCAAAAUUCCAAUAUGAAUGUGGGAAUUACUCUGGAGCAGCAGAAUAUCUUUACUUCUUUAGAGUGUUGGUUCCAGCAACAGAUAGAAAUGCUUUGAGUUCACUCUGGGGAAAACUAGCCUCUGAAAUUUUAAUGCAGAAUUGGGAUGCAGCCAUGGAAGACCUUACACGGUUAAAAGAGACCAUAGAUAAUAACUCUGUGAGUUCUCCACUCCAGUCUCUUCAGCAGCGAACGUGGCUUAUUCACUGGUCUCUGUUUGUUUUCUUCAACCACCCCAAAGGGCGCGAUAACAUUAUUGAUCUCUUCCUUUACCAGCCACAGUACCUUAAUGCAAUUCAGACGAUGUGUCCACAUAUUCUUCGCUAUUUGACUACAGCAGUUAUAACAAACAAAGAUGUUCGAAAACGCCGGCAGGUGCUAAAAGAUCUGGUCAAAGUUAUUCAACAGGAGUCUUACACAUAUAAAGACCCAAUUACAGAGUUUGUUGAAUGCUUAUAUGUUAACUUUGACUUUGAUGGAGCUCAGAAAAAGCUGAGGGAAUGUGAAUCUGUGCUUGUGAAUGACUUCUUCUUGGUGGCUUGUCUUGAGGAUUUCAUUGAAAAUGCCCGUCUCUUUAUAUUUGAGACUUUUUGCCGCAUCCACCAGUGUAUCAGCAUUAACAUGUUGGCAGAUAAGCUGAACAUGACUCCAGAAGAAGCUGAAAGGUGGAUUGUAAAUUUGAUUAGAAAUGCACGACUGGAUGCCAAGAUUGAUUCUAAAUUAGGUCACGUGGUUAUGGGUAACAAUGCAGUCUCACCCUAUCAGCAAGUGAUUGAAAAGACCAAAAGCCUUUCAUUUAGAAGUCAGAUGUUGGCAAUGAAUAUUGAGAAGAAACUUAAUCAGAAUAGUAGGUCAGAGGCUCCUAAUUGGGCAACUCAAGACUCUGGCUUCUACUGAAGAACUGUAAAGAACAGAUGAAAAAAACUAUAAAAGAAAGAUGAAAUAAUAAAACCAUUAUAUAAAGGGUGCCAUACAUUUGCAAAACAAUGAACAUAUUAAGUAUAAAAUUUGGAGAAUUUGAAUAAAAUUUGCUGUUUCAUUA